UGUGUUAGUCUUCAAACACAAGCUGGAUUCCUUCAUGUGCGGAUCACAAGUGAAAGUUCAGAUAUGAAGUCGUCUCGUGUUCUGCUGUUUGUUUUCAUUUGUUUGUUUGUUGUGUCAAAGCCAUCCAGUCAAACAGACUCCGGCUCUUUUCUGAUCUACAACAAGGAUCAUAACAAAUGUGUGAAUGUGGUUAAUGCCAGUGCGGUGCAGACGGCAGCGUGUGACGUCUCUUCUGACGCUCAGCGUUUCCGAUGGGUUUCAUCUUCAAGAAUCAUCAGCGUCUCUCUUAAACUCUGCUUGGGAGCUCAAGACAUCAAAGACUGGAUGAAGAUUAUUCUUCUGCCCUGUACAGAACACAGUCCUCUACAGACCUGGGAAUGUAAGAACGAGACCUUGUUUGGAUUAAAAGAUCAAGCGUUACACCUGAACUACGGCAAUCGAGAAGAGCCAAAUAUGAUGCUGUUUAGUGGAAGUGGAGAUUGGAGUCGCUGGCAGAUUUAUGGGAGUCAAGACGAUCUGUGUUCUCAUGGAUAUCAAGAGAUUUAUACUCUAGGUGGGAAUUCAUUUGGAAAACCAUGUCAGUUCCCCUUUAAAUUUGAUGACAAUUGGUACGCCGAGUGUAUCGUGGAGGGAAGAUCAGACCGUCUACUGUGGUGUUCAACUGAGACAGAUUAUGACACUGAUGAGAAAUGGGGCUUCUGUCCAACCAAAGGCAUCGUAGGGUGGGACAGUGAUCCAGUAAGUGGUGUUUUGUAUCAGAGGAACACACAGUCAGUAUUGACGUGGCAUCAAGCUCGAACCAGCUGCCGACAUCAAGAUGCAGAUCUUCUCAGUAUAUCAGAACUCCACGAGCAGUCUUAUAUAGCAGGUUUGACAGAUCACAUGGGUUCUGUUCUUUGGAUCGGACUGAACAGUCUUGACUUUGAGAGCGGCUGGCAAUGGAGUAAUGGAAACCCAUUCAGAUAUCUCAACUGGGCUCCUGGUCACCCGUCUCUGGAGCCGGGUCUGAACUGUGCUGCAUUAAACGCUGCUAAAGCCUCAAAGUGGGAAAGUUUGUCCUGCAGUAAGAAGUUGGGCUACAUCUGCCGCAAGGGCAAUUCAACAGAGAUCACACCUUCAACAGGUAAAGAUCAGCCGAACUUCUGUCCAGCGGCGUGGGUGCCGUACGCCGGUCACUGUUAUUAUCUGCAGCGCUCUCAGAAGAUGUGGAGCGACGCUUUGGCAGCGUGUCAUAAAGAAGGAUCAGAUCUGGCCAGCAUACACAACAUAGAGGAGCACAGUUUCAUCAUAUCACAGAGUGGAUACUUGUCCAGUGAUGAGCUGUGGAUUGGUCUUAAUGAUCAGAAGAUUCAGAAUCUGUUUGAGUGGUCAGAUAGAAAACACGUCACCUUCACCAGAUGGAUUGUCGGAGAACCUUCACACAUCACCAAUCGCGUGGAGGAUUGUGUGCUUAUGAAGGGAGAGGAGGGAAAGUGGGCAGAUGAAGCGUGUGAAACAGCUCAUGGUUACAUCUGUAAGAAGAAAGCUUCCAUUAAGCCUGAAGGAUCCACACACAUGAUCAGUCCUGGAUGUCCUGCUGGUUGGUUCAGGUUUGGCUAUUACUGUUAUAAUGUUGCCAUGGAAACCAAAACUUUUACUGAUGCCAAACUGACGUGUGAGCAGAGCGCAGCGAGUCUGGUUGAUGUUGCCAGCAGGUAUGAGAAUGCGUUUCUCAUCAGUCUGGUUGGUCUUCGGCCUGAGAAAUAUUUCUGGAUCGGUCUGUCUAACACUCAGCAGUUGGAGCUCUUCCAGAGGAGUGAUGGUGUUAAAGUCAAGUUUACACACUUUAAUGUCGGCAUGCCAGAUAGGCACCAGGGUUGUGUGGCGAUGUUAACAGGAUCUUCAGCAGGAUUAUGGGAUGUUCUGGCCUGUAACACUAAACAGAAAUACAUCUGUAAGAAAACGGCAGAAGGAAUCACUACAACCCCAGAGCCUCCAACCACACAACCUCCCAGCUGCCCAACAGACUGGAUUAAGAAAGAUCCACGCAACUGUGUUCGGCUCUACAGAAAGCAGAAGGACGAGAAGAAGACUUGGUUUGAGGCUCGUGAUUUCUGUCGAGCCGUCGGUGGUGAUUUAGCGAGCUUCCACUCCGAAGAAGAAAUGAAAGUGUUACCGUAUUUUAUCUCAGACCCGGCGUGGAUCGGCUUCACUUCACUGGACAGUAAUUCUGGUUUUGUGUGGUCAGAUCAAACUCCUUCUGAUUAUGAAAACUGGGCAUCCGGGGAGCCAAACAACUACAACAAUAAUGAGAACUGUGCAGAUUACGGCUACGCGAGGGAGCGCAAGUGGAACGAUCGAGAUUGUGAAGCUUCUAUUGACUGGAUCUGUCAGAUUCCAAUAGGCAUCACUCCAAAAUCCCCACCGACGAGAGUUAUUCACGAAUACAACAAGACAUCUGAUGGCUGGACCGUGUUCAAUGGCAGUCAGUAUUUUAUUAAUAAUGAUCAGCUUCCUAUGGAAGAAGCUCGAGCGUUCUGUAAGAAGAAUCACGCUGAUCUUGCCGUCGUUACCGGUCAAAGUGAGAGGAAGUUUUUAUGGAAGCAGAUAUCUAGAAGAUCAGAAAGUCAGUACUACAUCGGGUUGAUUGUAGAGUUGGACAAAUCAUUUAGUUGGGUGGAUGGGUCACCUGUUGUUUACACCUCAUGGGAACAAAAUGAACCGAAUUUCGCCAACAAUGACGAGAACUGUGUGACUAUAUACAAGACAACUGGAUUCUGGAAUGAUGUCAACUGCGGCGUGCCGUUACCCUCUGUCUGUAAAAGAAGUUCAGAUUUUGUCAACACCACCAUGUCUCCGUCAACUGUAGCGGCGGGCGGCUGUGCUCCUGAAUGGACCCGCUUCCGCGGAAAAUGUUAUAAGAUUUUUGAUAAUAAGCUGACGUGGCAUAAAGCGCGAGAUCACUGCAUUUCACAUGGAGGUAAUCUGGUGUCCAUUCAGAGUCACACGGAGCAAUCGUUUCUCACGACUCUAAUGCUCAGUUCUGCUGAUGACGUGUGGAUCGGCUUCAAUGACAUCACCUCAGAGAGAACAUUUUUAUGGACUGAUGGUAAAGGCGUCCCAUACACAAACUGGAUGAAAGGUCAUCCUGUGUCAAUGCCAGAGUCAAGACUCCUCUUUGAUGACGAGGCAAGUGAAGGUUUUCAGUUUAGAAUUUUUUCCCAUCCGUUUGUGCGCAUGGUUGAGGAUAAGGUGUAUGACUGUGUCGUCAUGGUUAAACACCCAGAGAAGAUAACUGGAAAGUGGAAAGUUGAAGUGUGUAAAGAUGAGAGAGGUUUCAUCUGCAAGAGGAACACGGACUCUCAGCUGGCUGCUCCCGUGACCACAGCAGUGUCACAGAGAUUCUUCAGUCUGGGCAACGAUUCCUACAAGGUGCAGCAGGUGAAGAUGAGCUGGGAUGAAGCCAGAAGAGAGUGUAAAGCCGAUGAUGCUGAUCUUGCUAGUGUGCUGGACUCCAUCAGUCAGGCGUACAGCAGCCUCAGAGUCGACACCAUCAGAGAACCUUUGUGGAUCGGCCUCAACAGCAACCUGACAGGUGGACGGUAUCGCUGGGUGGAUAACUGGCUUCUAAGCUACAGUAAAUGGGCCGCAGGAGAACCCAGAAACAAUUUAGCUUGUGUUUAUAUCGACACGGAUGGCGACUGGAAAACUGCAGCGUGCAACAACACAUAUUAUUCCCUCUGCAAACGAUCCAAAGUUGUUGCCCCCACAGAUCCCCCUCAGCUGCCGGGUAACUGCCCCGAAUCAGACUGGAUCUCAUUCAGAGGACACUGCUAUACAUUCAUGAUCUCUCGGAGAGAAAACUGGGAUGAUGCCACAGUGGAAUGCAUGAGAAUAGGUGCAUCUUUAGUCAAUAUUGAGGACCCAAUAGAAUCAAAGUUUAUCCGUCGGAAUCUGGAGAUCCUUCAAGAUGAAGUCAGCUCAAUCUGGAUCGGAAUGCACCGCAGUCAUACGGGUGAAUGGAUGUGGAUUGAUAGUGCGGUUGUGGAUUACACAAACUGGAAACCGCGGAUGCCCAAUAACGCCGGUGACUGUGUGGAAGUUCAGUCAAUCACUGGAAUGUGGAGUAACAACAACUGUAAUAAUCGCAGAGCUUAUAUCUGCAAGACCGCUAAAGUCAUACCACCAACAGAGAAGCCGUCCGUGUCAGCAUUUGCAGAGCGUCACGUAGAAGAGACGUCUCACGGCUCGGCUGGCAUCGCUGUAGGGGUCGUGUUGAUCAUCAUCGCUGUCGCAGGUGUUGCCGGCUUUCUGUUCUUUAAGAGAAUUCCCAGACGUGUGAUUGGACAGCGUACAUUUGACAACAGACUCAUAGAUGUCUCACAGCGUCUUAGCAUUUUUGACAGUAAGGGACUUGUUGCCAACAUUGAACAAAAUGAGCACGACUAACACAUAAAACCUUUCUAUUGAAUGCCACAUCCCAGUAUCAGAGGAUACGCUUUGUUUGUUUAAAUAGAUCUGAUAAACCAUUGUUUAGUUGUGAAUAGAAUCACUGUAAUGUUAACACGCAUGGAUAAUGAAACAUCUGUACUGUUGUUUGUGACUGAAGGCAUGUGAAUAUAAGCAGAAUGAUAUUCCAGCAAUAGAAUGGCAUUACCUACCAUUUGUGUUAUCUUAAAAAAGUCCCAUUUAUGAACAUCAGUUAACGUGAUCUGACACUGCAUAUUACUUCUACAGCAUUUAUUCAUCUUUGUCAAUGUUGCAGUUUUCGGAAUAAAAGCACAAUAACAUCUUA